AUGGCUCACUCCCGACAGCCCACGCGAUUCUCGAGCGAAGCCCCCUCCGAAUCCUCAGACUCAACGUCUCCAGAACGUGCCGCCGAUGAUGAUACCGAUUUCUUCACAAUCCAGCCGAAUGACUCGCAGUCAUCGAUCGGAGGCGGAAACUCGCGCGAUUCACAUAUUCAAAACGACCCAGCUAUUAGAUUACCGCUGAUCGUAUACUUCCCGCCGGAGAUUCUGAUAUCUAUCUUCUCGAAGCUGAAUUCCCCAAAAGAUCUGAUGAGUUGCCUGUUGGUGUGUCGUAUGUGGGCUGUAAACUGUGUCGGACUUCUUUGGCAUCGGCCGUCGUGCAGUAACUGGGACAACCUCAAGAAGAUCACGGCUUCCGUGGGGAAGGAAGACAGCUUCUUCCUGUAUUCAGGCCUCAUCAAGCGAUUAAACCUCUCCGCCCUCACGGAAGAUGUUUCCGAUGGGACUGUCGUCCCGUUUUCCCAGUGCAAUCGGAUCGAGCGUUUAACGUUGACAAAUUGCCGCAAACUUACUGACAAUGGGGUAUCGGAUUUGAUUAACGGUAGCCGGCACUUGCAGGCUUUGGAUGUUUCGGAGCUGCGGUCUCUUACAGACCACACUCUUUUCAAAGUGGCAGAAAACUGUCACCGGCUACAGGGCCUCAAUAUCACUGGGUGCACAAAGGUCACAGACGAUUCGCUGAUUGCUGUUUCGCAGCAGUGCCGAUAUCUCAAAAGACUGAAAUUGAAUGGAGUCGUUCAUGUCACCGAUAAGGCGAUCCUAUCUUUUGCUCAAAAUUGCCCUUCUGUCCUCGAGAUCGACCUUCAAGAAUGCAAGCAAGUAACAAACAAAUCGGUGACGACCCUUAUGACUACGCUACAAAACUUGCGCGAACUGCGACUCGCUCACUGCACGGAGAUAGACGAUAUGGCUUUUCUGGAACUCCCCAAGAAUAUCUCAAUGGGUAGUCUCCGUAUACUUGAUCUGACGGCAUGUGAGAGUAUAAGAGAUGACGCUGUUGAACGUAUCGUCACUGCUGCCCCGCGUUUACGAAACCUUGUGCUCGCGAAGUGCCGAUUCAUCACUGAUCGUGCCGUUUGGGCCAUCUGUAAACUGGGGAAGAACCUACACUAUGUUCACCUGGGCCACUGCUCCAACAUUACCGACCCUGCAGUGAUACAGCUGGUCAAGUCUUGCAACCGCAUCCGAUAUAUCGACCUUGCGUGCUGCAGUCGCCUGACGGACAGGAGUGUUCAGCAACUAGCAACUUUACCAAAGCUAAGGCGGAUUGGUCUAGUCAAAUGUCAGUUGAUUACAGACGCAAGUAUACUAGCGCUUGCUCGACCAACUCCAGAUCACUCCAUCUCGUUCAGUAGCUUGGAGCGAGUACACCUGAGUUACUGCAUCAACCUCACAAUGAUUGGAAUCCAUGCGCUGCUCAACAGCUGUCCUCGCCUGACACAUCUCAGUCUCACCGGAGUCGCAUCCUUUUUACGGGAAGAAUUGACAAGGUUUUGCCGCGAUGCCCCCGCCGAGUUCACUCGCCAGCAGCGCGAGGUCUUUUGCGUUUUCAGCGGCGAUGGUGUCAACUAUCUUCGUGACCACCUGAAUCGAGAAGCUGCACCCCAGCGGGACAUGAAUGAGGCCACCAUGUACGAUGACGAUGAAGAAUUGGAAGAGGAAGAGGGCCAAGUGACGGGCCUCAUGCAUGCCACCGCGAUUCACGAUGACGACUACAUUGACAUCACGCCUCCUCAUACUUGA